CGGCGGCGGCUGUCCGCGGGGAUGCUGAAGGUGUGCUGCGGGGCGGCGGAGAAAGGACGGUCCCGCCCGGGCGGCGCCGAGGGCUCCGGUUGAUGCUACGGGCCUGCCGCCUCCGCCGCCUCCUCUUCCAUCCCGCUGCCGCCGGCGCUGCUCUUCGGCCGCCCCUCGCCAUGCUGGGAGAGAGCCCGGCCGCCGCCCGGCCGCUGCUGCGAGCGGGACCCCCCCUGGCGCUGUGCUACACCUCGGCCCUCCUGGUGCUCGCCCUCUCCGCGCUGCCCGCCGGCCGCGCCUCACACCCCCUGCCCGGCUCCGAGUGCCAGGGCGGCGGCAAGGGGAAAGGCAUCAACUGCUCAGAGCUAAAUGUAAGAGAAUCUGACGUACGGGUGUGUGAUGAAUCCUCGUGUAAACAUGGAGGGGUGUGCAAGGAUGAGGGCGACGGCUUGAAAUGUGCGUGUCAGUUCCAGUGUCACACAAACUAUAUUCCCGUUUGUGGAUCAAAUGGAGACACAUACCAAAAUGAAUGCUUCCUCAAGAGAGCUGCUUGCAAGCAUCAGAAAGAGAUAAAAGUGGUAUCAAGAGGACCCUGCUAUUCUGAUAAUGGCUCUGGGUCAGGAGAAGGAGAGUAUGAAGGAUCUGGAACAGAAGUUCAGAGAAAACACUCAAAAUGUGGAGUUUGCAAAUAUAGGGCUGAGUGUGAUGAAGAUGCAGAAAAUGUUGGGUGUGUAUGUAAUAUAGACUGCAGUGGAUACAGUUUUAAUCCUGUAUGUGCUUCUGAUGGAAGUUCCUAUAACAAUCCCUGCUUUGUUAGAGAAGCAUCAUGUCUGAGGCAAGAGCAGAUUGACAUCAGGCAUCUUGGACACUGCUCAGAAACAGAUGAAACAAAUGCGGUUGGAAAGAAAGACGAUGGCAUGCAGUAUCGGCCAGAGGUGAAAGAUGCCAGUGAUCAAAGAGAAGACAUUUACAUUGGAAACCACAUACCCUGUUCAGAAAGCUUCAACGGGUACUGUAUACAUGGGAAAUGUGAAUUCGUUUAUUCCACUCAGAAGGCUUCCUGCCGAUGUGAAUCAGGAUAUACUGGACAGCACUGUGAAAAGACAGACUUUAGUAUUCUUUAUGUUGUCCCAAGCAGACAAAAGCUUACGCAUGUCCUUAUUGCAGCAAUAAUUGGAGCUGUACAGAUUGCCAUUAUAGUUGCAAUUGUCAUGUGCAUAACAAGAAAAUGCCCCAAAAACAAUAGAGGACGUCGGCAGAAGCAAAACCUAGGCCAUUUUACUUCAGAUACAUCAUCCAGAAUGGUUUAACUUAGUGAUUUUUAUACCUACAUUGACCAUGUGAUGUACAUUUUUAUUAUAUCUUUUUUUAAAGAAUGGAAAUAUUUAUUUCAGAGGCCUUAUUUUUGAACAUUUUUAGUGUAACAAUGUUGGUCUGUAUUCUGAAAGCAUCAGCUCUAACAGCUAUGGACUGGUUUAGUAUCUUUACUUUUAUGUUUUUGAAUACAGUAGUUAAUUUUCUGUAUCUGUAUCACAUGGUUAUAUAAUAGACUUGUGCUUUAUCCAUGGAAUGUAAUAUUUUUGGGAACACAGAUUUAUGCCACCAAUGGUUGUAGAUUAAAAACAAAGGAAACAACAAACCAACAAAAAAAGUCCACGUUACCUAGCAAACAAGGCAUGAACUAAAGGUAAAAAUGUUUACAGCUUACUUUUCUUAUGAGAAACUAGAAAAACACUGUGUUUAAAUACCGUAGAUAUUUAAAUGUUUUUGGAAGUUAGUAACUGAUUUUUUAGACACUGCCUAUCGCAUGAACUGUGAAGCUGUGUGCUGUGUGUAGUUGUAACAUAUUUAUAAAAGGUGAGGGCUGGGUUUAAACACUGCCAUCUUCAUAAAUUGCUCCAACAAUUUAUUUUUAAAGAGGAAAACUUAUAAAUUUCAUAAUUCGGGAAGUUACCUGAUAGUGCGGAUGGCAUAGGUCCAAAAGAAGUAGGUCAUAGUAGCUUUAGGUAUUGUAAAAAAUUGGUGCUAAAUAAAUGAUCACAAACAAUUGGAAUAAAGCCUGCUUUAUCACUGUUAAAGCUGUUUUAAUACUUCUUAACCUUUUUUAAAGAAAAGACAUGUUUUAACACCUCCAAUACAGAUUGUAUAGUGUUUGUGAUUAAAAUAUAAUAAAAAAAAUAAAAGUGAACAAAUUACUAGUGCUCUUGUAUAGAGUAUUUUCAAGAGCUAAAUAAGUCCAUCCAAAUUAGUCUGCUGGUCAUAGUUAUAUUAAUAGACUGUUAGUUGUUGUUUGAAAGAUCCCAAGAUUAAGUGUGAAUAGGAUGUGUUCAGAUGUUUUAACAUGUAGUUUAGGCUUUCAGAAUUUUGCAUGUAGGAUUUAAUAAUUUGUUCAAUAAAAAAAAAAAUGCUUUCAA